AUGAUUGCGGCCCAGCUACUAGCCUAUUACUUCACUGAACUCAAGGAUGACCAGGUUAAAAAGAUCGAUAAGUACCUGUACUCCAUGCGUUUCUCAGAUGAGACAUUGCUGGACAUCAUGCAGCGGUUUCGGAGGGAGCUGGCCAAAGGACUAGGUCGGGACACUAACCCAACAGCUGCACUAAAGAUGCUGCCAACAUUUGUGCGCUCAAUCCCCGAUGGCUCAGAGAAAGGAGACUUCAUUGCGUUGGAUCUGGGAGGCAGUAACUUCAGGAUCCUCCGUGUCAAAGUGAGCCAUGAGAAGAAACAGACUGUUCAGAUGGAGAGUCAAAUCUAUGACACACCAGAGGACAUAAUUCACGGCAGUGGAACGAGACUGUUCGACCAUGUGGCAGAGUGUCUCGGUGACUUCAUGGAAAAACACAGCAUCAAAGACAAGAAACUCCCAGUUGGUUUUACCUUCUCCUUCCCCUGCCAGCAGACCAAACUAGAUGAGGGUUAUCUGAUAACAUGGACAAAGCGUUUCAAGGCUGGCGGAGUGGAGGGGAUGGAUGUUGUCAAGCUACUCAACAAAGCUAUUAAGAAACGAGGAGACUAUGAUGCUGAUAUCAUGGCUGUAGUAAAUGAUACGGUUGGAACGAUGAUGACCUGUGGUUUCGAUGACCAACGCUGUGAAGUCGGCAUCAUCAUCGGUACAGGCACCAAUGCGUGCUACAUGGAGGAGCUGCGUCACAUUGACCUGGUGGAGGGAGACGAGGGCAGGAUGUGUGUGAACACUGAGUGGGGAGCCUUCGGAGACGAUGGCAGGCUGGAAGACAUCAGGACAGAGUUUGACAGAGAGAUAGACCGAGGCUCUCUCAACCCCGGCAAACAGCUAUUUGAGAAGAUGGUCAGUGGUAUGUACAUGGGGGAGCUGGUUCGUCUCAUUCUGGUGAAAAUGGCCAGAGAAGGCCUGCUGUUUGAGGGAAGGAUCACCCCUGAGCUGCUCACUAAAGGGAAGUUUGAGACCAAGCACAUCUCAGCCAUAGAGAAGAGUAAGGAAGGCCUGACCAAAGCCAGAGAGAUUUUAACCAGACUUGGUGUGGAGCCCUCAACUGAAGACUGCAUCGCUGUGCAGCAUGUUUGCACCAUUGUGUCUUUCCGCUCUGCCAACCUGAUAGCUGCCACGCUUGCUGCCAUCCUAAUGAGGCUAAAGGAGAACAAAGGUGUGUCACGACUCCGAACCACCGUAGGCAUCGAUGGGUCUCUCUACAAGAUGCACCCACAGUAUGCCCGUCGUCUUCAUAAGACAGUCCGACGUUUGGUCCCGGACUCUGAUGUCCGAUUCCUCCUGUCAGAGAGUGGCAGUGGAAAGGGCGCUGCCAUGGUGACAGCUGUGGCGUACAGACUAGCCGACCAAUCACGACAAAUCAUCCAAACACUGUCCGAAUUCCGCUUGACGACCGAACAGCUGCUGGAGGUGAAGAAGCGAAUGAGGAUAGAGAUCCAAAAUGGCCUUUCGAAGAGCACUCAUGACGGUGCUACUGUCAAAAUGCUGCCAACAUUUGUGCGAAGCACUCCCGAUGGCACAGAAAAUGGUGAUUUCCUGGCUUUGGACUUAGGAGGAACCAAUUUUAGAGUUCUGUUGGUCAAGAUUCGUUCUGGCAAAAGGAGAACGGUGGAGAUGCACAACAAGAUCUACGCUAUUCCUAUGGAAGUGAUGCAGGGCACAGGGGAGGAGUUAUUUGAUCACAUUGUACAGUGCGUCAGUGACUUCCUGGACUACAUGGGGAUGAAGAAUGCUCGUCUUCCUCUAGGCUUCACCUUCUCAUUCCCCUGCCGACAGACCAGCCUGGACGCUGGCAUCCUGGUGACAUGGACCAAAGGCUUCAAGGCAACAGACUGUGAAGGAGAAGAUGUGGUGGGACUGUUGAGGGAGGCCAUUAAGAGGAGAGAGGAAUUUGAACUGGAUGUAGUGGCCAUAGUCAAUGAUACAGUUGGAACCAUGAUGACAUGCGCCUACGAAGAACUCAGCUGUGAGAUUGGACUCAUCGCUGGCACUGGUAGUAAUGCAUGUUACAUGGAGGAGAUGAGGAACAUUGAGAUGAUAGAGGGAGAUGAGGGACGGAUGUGUGUCAACAUGGAGUGGGGGGCUUUUGGAGACAAUGGAUGCCUUGACGACAUUAGGACAGAGUACGACCGCGCUGUGGAUGAUUUCUCACUCAAUCCAGGCAAACAAAGAUAUGAGAAAAUGUGCAGUGGCAUGUACCUUGGGGAAAUUGUUCGAAACAUCCUCAUAGACAUGACCAAGAGAGGAUUCCUGUUCAGAGGACAGAUUUCUGAGACACUGAAGACCAGAGGCAUCUUUGAAACAAAAUUCCUCUCACAGAUAGAGAGUGACAGAUUGGCUUUGCUGCAGGUCAGAUCCAUCCUGCAACACUUAGGACUGGACAGCACCUGUGACGACAGUAUCAUAGUCAAAGAGGUAUGUGGAACAGUGUCACAUCGUGCAGCUCAGCUGUGUGGGGCAGGAAUGGCGGCCGUGGUCGAUAAGAUCAGAGAGAACCGAGGACUGGACCAUCUCAACAUCACUGUAGGGGUAGAUGGGACACUGUACAAACUACAUCCACAUUUCUCCCGGAUCAUGCACCAGACAGUUAAUGAACUGUCUCCUCAAUGUAAUGUCAACUUCUUGCUGUCGGAGGACGGCAGUGGGAAAGGAGCUGCACUCAUCACAGCCGUGGGCUGCCGGCUGAGACAAGAGUUGAACAAUAAAUAGAAAAUAUCUCCUCUGUCUUGCUGUUAUCUCCACGCUUCUCUGGGUUCCCCCUCUACUCAUGUCUUUCACUCUUUUUCCCACCCAUUGUCUCCUUUUCCUCCAGUCAAUGUAUCACACUCCAGUAGCUGCUUUAGUCUGUUUAUGUGACAGAGAGAGAGAGAAGGAGAUAGCUUUCUCUGCUGUGUUAAAUAUUACAGAGUCAGGCACUAUGUUGUAGUUAGAUUAUGUUUGAUUAACCAAUUGUAACAAAACCCACAUUCUUAAGGUUUUUUUGCUUUUUUUUUUAUUUCUGAGUUUAAACUUAUCAUAGAGAUAAACACACACACAUUCAACUCUUGAAAAAAUGUGCAGGUCAGAACAAAAAAAUAAAACAAAGACUUCACAUACACUCCUGUAUUGCUCCUAUGUCACCAUCUGGAGGAUUCUUCAGAUAACUGAAGUCUGUUGCAAUACAGCAAACACAACAGCUGCGGGACCAUUUCAACAAAACAUUGCAGUAAAAAAAAACAAAACUAUCCUUGCAAUAUGUUCAGUAAAUGCAGUGGGAUAAACAAACUGUUUUAGACCAAAGUCACGAAACUGUGUCUGCUGUAGGCUACUCACAUACUGUAAAAGGGAUAGGAGGUGAUAUAUAAAUGUGUAAUGAGAUGAAAGGGAAUAUUGUUUGCUUUAAAUUUUUUAGUAUCUUACCCAGAAAUAAUACAAUAUGUUAUACAUACAUUGUUGCUAUUUAUUUUAUUUUUAUAUCGGGAGAUGUUGAAAAAUGUUACUGUUGCUAUAAUGAUGCACACAGAAGAAGCCAUCAUUCAAAAUGCCCUCAGACGUUACCUGUCCUGUGAACGAGGGCAGAAACAUGACAAAAGAGGGACCUUUACCAUGACUUGAUCUGCAGGGAAAGCCAUGUGGCGUACUUGCUGAAUGUGCAGAUUUGUUCUAAUUUAAGACAACAAUCCUUUUCGUCUCUGAUGUUCUCUACUGUAAAAUAUGUCCAAAGAGCACUUGUAUUUUACUAAGCAGAAAUCCUGUUGUUGUUAUUAAUCACAGCUGCUGAUAAUUUGUUCUCGUCUCAAGAAGUGCUGGCUACCCUCAUCACCACAGUGAGACUUACGAGUUACAUAGCAACCGCCAUGAAGAAGAAAUUGUGGUGCUAACACAGAUGCCAGAGGAACAGCUAUGGCCAAACUGUGUAUAAGAAGAACAUUACAGUAGCUGAAACCUUUAAGGGAAUUUAAACAUUUUUGAUCAAGCUCCUUCCUACACUCACUCCCUGUUCUCCAUAUGCUCCUAAAGGCUCAGGAGGGUGUUUAAGUGAACUACUGUAUGGCUCAUUCAAGUAGCACAAUUCUUGCAAAUUCAAUAUUUAUUUUCUCUUUAAUAAAAGCAAAUAAUCAAAUUAAUGACUGCUACUUGUGAUACUCAUUGACAGAUGGGCUUAUUUGAUCACUGCCAGUUCUGAGACAUUUUUUAUCUUUGGCUGGCCUUUUCUGAUCUCACAUGAAGAUAUUGUAGACAUGAUGAUGAUGAUAUAUUGAUUAUAUAUAUGAUAUAUGUGAUGAUAUUCUAGAUGUUUUUAAAAUAAAACAUAUGCAUUCUUACACUGGGGUUGCACGUGCACCAGGUUAGUGGUAUCCACAGGGUACCAUGAUUCAACGGCAGUUGUGGUGCAUGGAUGGCCCUUUGAGAUGUUACUUGAAAAUUACUGCCGUCUACAUGAACCACAAUUGAAAUUCUGGCUUGUGGGGAUAUGUUAGCACCAGUCCAACCUGAAGCUAAUACUGAUAACAAAUCAUAGCGAUGAAACUGCAGGCUAAUUGAAUUUCCAUUCCUACUUACUGCCAAGAUAAAGAAGGUCAGCCUAUCCUACAGGUCCUAAGAUACCCUGCUUUCAGAGGUCAGUCCAAAAGCCAUCCCCAUCACACAAAAACAUGCAGACACCUUGAUCUCUUUGCCUCUGUUCACAAAACCUAGACUGUAUCUAUCCAACACUGUCAAUCAACCAGUCACUAAAUAAAAACAAACCUGUGUCAAUCUGAUAUUGUAGUU